CUAUAUUUUAAUGACUGAACAAGUCAGUCAAUUCUUCAGAAUUACACACAACUAACCGGUUUGUGUUGGGUGGAGCAGCUGAGAGGACUAUAUAAGAGAGAGCCCUGUGAAGGCUCUUCGAAGAUCUCUUCUGCUCUCGUCAGUGAAACAGCAGCGUCUUCUACAACAUCUUCUGAAUUUUCACCUACUUCUUCAGUGCCACGAAUACAGAAGAAAACAAAAUGGCAAAUGCACAGCCAAUAACCAAGCUCAAUAUCUCCAUCACUGGGGAAGAAGAGCAAAUACUCGGAGCUCAGGGUUAUAAGCUCAUCAAUGUUAACCUCAAUGAAGGUGCUGGUGGAAACCAGAUCUUUCUUUGGUACAAGAAAGAGUCUGGCAACAGACCUGUGACCAGGAUCGAGUUCUCACUCAAUGCAGCGAUGAAACCCGGUCUGACUGAUGCUGGGUAUGAGGUGAUCAACAGGGAUCUGAAUGCAGGAGCUUGUGGAGAUCACAUCUUCCUCUGGUACUUCUACGGCAGCACCGAAUAUGACAAUCCUAUUGUGGACCUCAAGGUAACCAAAAGUGCCAAAGAAGAACCUGUUCUUAUGAAAGGUGGCUGGGAGAGACUGGGCUGUGAUCUGAACCGUAAUGCACGAGGAAAAAUCAUGUACCUGUGGGUGAAGAGAGCGAAGACCAGCUACAUACAAGAGAUCGCAGCAACUGUUGAGUACACUAAUGACAGUCAGAUGUUUGAUGAGGGCUACACUCGUGUGGGUGAAGACACCAAUCGGGGCGCUCCUGGAAACUUCGUCAUGCUUUGGUAUCGCCGCACAACCGAUAAAAGAAAGGCUCUCACUCAUCUCAACAUAUCCACCUCCCACGAGGACGAAAUAAAGCUUCAGAACGAAGGCUAUGAAAAGAUCAGUGUUAAUCUCAAUACAGGAACCGGUGGAAAUGUUGUCUACCUAUGGUACAAGACAGAGGGAGAUCAAUCGAUCCAGGCCAUGGCUCAGCUGUUCAACCCCGAGGCCUGGAUUGAGUAUCAGAAAGCUGGUAUCAACUUUAUCGAGAAAAAUCUGAAUGAGGGCAACAGUGGUUGGAAAAUGUACAUAGCCUACAAGUAAAAUCCCAGAAUCAUGCUGCCAUCACAGGAUCUUCUUCAGUUUUCUCAUUAUUAGAUCUAUAUGGCUAUAACUAUAAGCAUAUCUGUUUCUAAUGCAUGAUUUUAAUGUCAAUCUUUAAAGCACAUUGUGACUGUGGCUGUUGUACUGCACUCAACCACACACAUUUCAUUUGGCCUCUGUGUUUAUGAUGAAAUCAAUUAUGAAAUAAAGUCAACUUUAACCACAACAAA